GAAAGCAAACCCUUAACGGGCAAACGGCUGUUAUUUUGAAAAAGAUUAUAGUAAAACGAGUUUUAUUUAAGUAACAAAACGUUGAUAAAUUAGUAUAAAAUGGAUGUUAAUAAGCAACCUGUUAAUUCUAGAAAUCGAUUUUUAAAACUUUCCUUGAAGAAAAACAAAACACAAAGCGAUGUUAAAACCAAGAAACAUGACCGGAGUUCCGAGGUUAUUGUCCUUGAUGAGAGCUAUGAGAGAUUACGGUCAGACUUUCCAAAAAAUUUUCAGUCAUCACCUAAGAUAUAUUCGCCAAUUAUUAUCGACGAUUCAUGUGAACUAUCACUUGAGGAAUUACCUGAAAUCACAAUGGAUAAGGAACCUAGCAGAUCGGGAAAUGUAUCUCUAAAUCUAUCACAAUGUGUGUCUCCAGUCAACAACGACUCGAAACCAAGCAACGGAGGCUGGUCUCCCGCUCAAAAUAUAAUCUGCGCUACACCGAGACAUGAACAAGUACCAUCCACACCUAAAGAAAUAGCCAAUGAAUCACAAGAACAUUGUUCUAUACAGAAAAUACAGCAUUCACAUAAAAAACUUCUUAAUGAUAUAUAUGGAGACGUUUGGAAGUCUAUACCGAAGUUGUUCGUUAAAACUCCAAAUAAUUUUAAAGCAGUAUCAAAGCAAUUACAUUAUGAUGAUGAUGAUAGCGACAAGGAAAACAUACGAUCGGUUAUAAAACAAAAUAGAGAGUUGUAUUUGACAGAAUCAGAUAAGAAACAAUUGCGGAAUGAUGUGAUGGACUCGGAGAAGAAAUCUAAAAAGAAGUUGUAUACAGAAAAGGUAGCUAAUACGCCGGAUGUAGUGAAACCAAAGAUUAAAAUAACCAGGGACGUUCAGACUUCGACUAAGAAGAAAAAGAAAGUCAUGACAGUAACAGAGUUGCUCUAUACGCUGGAUGGUGCCGUGGAUAGUGUGGAUGUUUUGACGAAACAAGUUCAAAAUGUAGCUGUGACUGUUCCGGAUAACUUAAAACGACUGAGCUUCAUGGGCUCUUUAGCUGACAACACACCACACUGGCGGUGCCACCCAGAAGCCCUUCAGUACCACGACAACUACAAGACCCUAAAGGACCAGUUAGCAAGACGACUGUUUAUUGAGUUCAAUAAGUGUAUAUUUGAUGAUGAACUGGACGCUGACCUGCCUAUCUUGUGGGAUACUAAGCUGAGGACCACUGCUGGGACGACCACGAACCGCUUGAUAAAGAACUCGAAAGGCGAGCGAAUACGCACGUCGAGCGUGAAGUUAUCGUGCAAGGUUGUGGACGGCCCGCAGCGGCUGCGCGACACGCUGGUGCACGAGCUGUGCCACGCCGCCACGUGGCUGCUGGACGGCGCCCUGCGCGCGGGCCACGGCCCGCUGUGGGACAAGUGGGCUAAGAAGUCGUUGCGUGUGUUCCCCGAGCUCGGCGAGAUAUCGCGCUGUCACGAUAUGGAGAUACACUUCAAGUAUUGCUUUAAAUGCACUCGAUGUGGAUACAGCAUAAAACGCCACUCCAAAUCAAUAGACGUCACAAAAAAGUGUUGUGGCUAUUGCCGCGGAACUUUCGAGGUUAUAGUGAAUAGAAAAAACAAAGAUGGCGUCGUGAUGUCGACUCCAGCCCGUAAGGGAACCACCAAUGAAUUUGCUCUUUAUGUUAAAGAGAAUUAUGGAACGUUGAAAAAUGGCAGAACUCACGCGCAAGUCAUGAAAAUGCUGGGCGAACAGUUUUCCGCGAAAAAGGGGCAGAAACAGGAUUGUGGGGGGGAUACAUAGAUGAAUAGGGAUACAUAUACAUGGAUGACCCCUAUAUUCUUAAAGCAUAGGCAUAAAUAAUUGCGUGAGGCAUUUUAGAGAAGUCGAGUUGAAUUUCAUUUAUUGCAUUUGCAAUCACGUAAUUUUGUUACGCUAGAAACAGGACAUAGAUAUAAUAGAUUCAAAUUAAGUGAUGGUCUGGUUGAAAAUUUUUCAAAGCUUCACGUAAUUAAUGGACGCCCCCUUAUUGUUGGAAUAUUGGUACUAUUUAAGUAGUUAGAGCUGGAUCUAUAAAAAUUGUAUUUGGACAAUACGAAAUUAAAGACUAAUGAAUUAAAAACAUAUUUAUUCAGUGACAUUUCAAACGAAAAUUGUUAUUUUUAUAUUUCAAAAGUUGGAAUAAAAUAUGUACAGAUGUUGAUUUUUACAUAAUAUUGUUACAAUCUUUAAUUACUAAAUGAAAAAUUGAUGAUAAUUUAUAUCAGAUUUACAAAGUCAAAAGUUUAAAAAUAUCAAAUGAACUCUUGAAAAUAACCGAGGUUAAUUAAUCUCAAAUGUAUAAUGACAUUUAUUUAUUUAUAACAUACUCUAUGUGGUUAUUAAAACCGACGUACGACACUUGUGAAAACUGCAUUCAAUUCUGUGCAGUCGUUCAUUGUAUUUUAUAUUUCUAUGACAACAUAUUGUUAUGUUGCUACUGUAGUUUUAUUAUGACUGAUUAUAUUCGAAUUAAAAAUGAUAGUUAUAUUAAUUACAUUUAAAAUGAGUUUAUUUGUAAUUUAACUGUUUUAAUAUAUAAAUUAUGGACAAUACUUUUUAUCCCGGUAGAUAAAAAAUUGUAAAAUAUGUUUGGUAUUUAGCCACAUUUCAUCAAAUUCCGUUCAGCCGUUUUACUUAUAUAUAAUGACAAUAACUAGGAAGUAUUUUAUGUAAAUACUUAGAUAUAAAUCUAUUAAAUAUAAAAGCCCUAACUUUGUAAUACAUAGUUUAAUACAAUUAUUUCGUCU